GGGGGCGCCGGCUGACCGGCUGUCCGGGCCACCCGCUGUGCCGCCAGUUUUGGGCGGCUACGUGCCGUGCGUCGCAAUACAAGAACGCCGUCCAGAGGGCCCUGGAACAGGGGACCUCAUCAAACGAACUGGUGCACCAGUACUCGGACUACCUCAGUCUGGCGCUCACUGCCGAAGACAUUUUGUCGGGCCACAGGGAAGGGAAGGUGGCGAGUCUGAUCGGCCUGGAGGGCGGACACGGCAUCCAGUCGACGUUGGCCUCGCUGAGAGCCAUGUAUGCGCUGGGCGUGCGCUACAUGACGCUCACUCACACCUGUGACACACCCUGGGCGGAGUGCGCUCCUAUACCAGGGUUUCGCAAACCAGCCGGCCCUGAGGGCCUCACUCGGUUCGGCCUGACCGUGAUCCGAGAGAUGAAUCGACUCGGCAUGCUGGUCGACCUGUCGCACGUCUCCGAGCUGGCCAUGCGGCGUGCACUCGAACAGAGCGAGGCACCGGUUAUCUUCUCCCACUCGUCGGCGCAGGCGCUCUGCAACUCCAGCCGCAAUGUCCCUGACCAUCUCCUGAAAAAACUGGCUGCCAACGGAGGAGUGGUGAUGGUCAGCUUUUACAACUACUUCCUGACCUGCAACGGUACUGCUCACAUGACGGACGUGGUCGCGCAUAUAAACCACAUACGGAGAGUUGCUGGCGUGGACCACGUGGGCAUCGGUGCCGGCUACGACGGCAUUAACUCCACCCCGCUCGGUCUGGAGGACGUCUCGCGAUACCCGUUUCUGUUUGCCGAACUGCUCCGCGACAGCUCCUGGUCUGUGCUCGACCUGCAGAAACUAGCCGGCCUCAACCUGAUCAGAGCAUUCAGACAGGUGGAACAGGUACGGGACCGAAUGCGCCGCCAGGGCGUGGAGCCUCUGGAGGAGCUCAUCCCUCGUCAGCAGCUGCGCGGUAAGCUCAACUGUACGUACAGCCUGUACAGAGUACGGCAACAGCAGCAGCGGCCCAGCCAAGACGACGAGGACGUACGCAGCAACCACAGCUGAUCGUGACGUGAACUGAGAAGCUAGCACGCCACUCAUCUGAUCCUCGCCACGAAAGGGACGUCCCGCGAGCGGUCCGGGUAUCACUGGACGCCGCAACCCCGUGAGAGGGAGGGAGGGAAGGAGAGAGAGAGAGAGAUAGGGAGAGAGAGAGAGAGAGAGAGAGAGAGAGAGAGAGAGAGAGUGAGUGAUAGGGAGAGAGAGACAGACAGACAGCCAGCCAGCCAGACAGACAGACAGACAGAGACAGAGAGACUGAGACAGAGACAGAGAGACAGAGAGACAGACACAGAAAGACAGAGACACAGAAAGACAGAGACAGAGAGACAGAGAGAUAGACACAGAUGGAUUUUGUGAGCGAUUGUCAUUUUAGCGAAUUUAAUUACAGCGAUUAUAUCAACCAUAGUGAACACUAAAUUCAGCAGCGAAUGUUAAUGUAUUGUGGUCAAUGGAGACCAUUUCAGCGAGUGUAUUGUGGCCAAUGGAGACCAUUUGAGCGAGUGUAUUGUGGUCAAUGGAGACCAUAUGAGCGAAUGUAUUGUCAAUGGGAGACCAUUUGAGCGAAUGUAUUGUGGUCAAUGGAGACAAUUUGAGCGAAUACAGUUGAAGCGGAG